AUGAAGUUUAAUUCAGAAUUCAGAUUCGAUAUUGUUAAACUAUUAUCUUUAGAUAAUUGUGAUCUAAAGGACAUUGACAUAGAACGUUUCAUCAAUCUUAAAGAAUUAAAUAUUACUGAAUGCAGUAAUCUUGAUUUAUCAGAAAUUAUUGC